UGGCAUGGCAGAUUAUCAUAUAAAAGAAGUGCUUUGUUGUCAUAUUUGUUAUUCAUAGAGGAUUAAUCAUAUCUGUAAUUUAAGCUGUUUUUAUGUUUGUAUUUUACUUCUUAUCCAUCAGUAUUUUUAGUGGUGGUUUAUUACUUGGAUAUUCCACUAUUUAUACGUAUUCAUAUUUAUUUUAUCUUUAGAAUGUUUCCAGUUUUUUUCGAUUAUAUUUGAUGAAGAUGUAGAUAUUAAAAUUGCUCUCCAAUAUCCUCCUCUCUAUAGAUCAUUAUAAAAAGGUAGAGAUCUUAAUACCAAGACAUUUAUGGUCUGGGUUUGGAAAUCUAUAUUUCAAGGAGUAAUCAUUAUGAUUUUGGCUUUGGCUAUGUUUAAGAAUAUUUUUCCUAGAAAUUGAAACAGUGGCUUUUACUGCUCUUAUUUUUAAUCAAUAUGCAUUGACCUUAAGUGAAGUAACUUUACUCUUUUUAGUUUUAGUUGCAUUCUUUACACAUUGUUAUGAUUAUUUCAAAUGUUGCCUCAGCUUUUAUUUACAUUUUAAGGUAAGUUGGUCUCCUUGCUUUAUUGC